UUUACAACUGUGUUGUUUACAAACAAUUUCAUUUUGUGUGAACUUCUCAAAAAAUUUUAUAUCUACACAAGAAUUUCACAAAAAAUAUACAUAAAAAAAUUCUGAUAAGUUUUCAUAAAUACCUACAAAAUGCAAAGAGUUAGCUUAAAAAGAAUGCGUUCCGAGGAAUCGCCUUACACUUUACAAACUAAAAUGCAUGUUAAUGAAAAAAUUGUGGAUUCCCAUGAUGCCAAUAAAAUGAAAGAAAUACAUGCUAAAACCACCAAGCUAUUGUUCCAAGCGGCACGCUCUGUCAGCAAUAAUAAUAUACAACCAAAUCGUAAUAAAAAGACGCCCGUAUCAAGUAUGGUGGUUUUAUUUGGUAAUGGUCAAAUAGAAGCAGCUAAAGGAGCCGAAGAUUUGGAAGAGGAAUUCCUAUGGGUAAGGCGCAAAGCUAAGUGUUGUGAUCGUGAGACUUAUGUUCAGAGUGAUUGCACCAAUUGCCAAAAGCCUUUGUGCGAAGAAUGUGGCUUUUCUUGCACGGAGUGUGGACAAUUUAUUUGCAAUUCAUGCGUUACUGUAUUUGGUUCCUGUGAUGCUGAUCACCCUAUUUGUGAAAAAUGUUCUCUAUUUGCCUGAGAUUAGGCUUCUAUGAAUAAAGUACAAAUUUAUUUUUAUGUUAUUUUCUAUUAAUUUAUGUAUUAUGAAUGAAAUUAUGUUUAAUAUGUUUUCAAAUUUAAAUAAAUAUUUAAGGAUA